AUGUCGAACCAGAAUGCUCAGUCAUCAGAAUGGUCGCCUACAUCGUGGCGCUCCAAACCUCUCAAGCAAAUCGUCACCUACGAAGACCAGGAAGCGGCUGAUACUGCUUGUAAGCGACUGUCAGCACUUCCCCCGAUUGUCACUCCCAGCGAGAUCGUACGCCUGAAGUCAAGUCUUCGCGAUGCCGCCCUUGGAAAAGCCUUCCUUCUGCAGGGUGGUGACUGUGCAGAGCUUUUCUCUUACUGCGCGGACGAGCCUAUCGAUGCCAAGAUGAAACUGCUUCUGCAGAUGAGUUUGGUGUUGAUUUGGGGUUCAAACAAGCCCGUCAUCCGCAUUGGACGCAUAGCUGGCCAGUAUGCAAAGCCAAGAUCAAGCCCAAUGGAGAUGGUCAACGGCAAGGAGAUUCCUAGUUUCAGAGGUGAUAUUUUGAAUGGUUACGACCCGGAGCAUCGACGUGUAGAUCCAGAGAGGCUGGUCAGUGCCUAUUUCCACUCAGCGACGACAUCGAACUACAUUCGAGCCCAACUCUCGAGUGGAUUCGCGGACCUACACAACCCCUUGGACUGGGAACUUGGCCACGUGCGCGACCAGGGACUCCAAUCAAAGUACUCCACGAUCGUCACAAGCAUAUCAGACUCACUUCGCUUCAUGAAGACUAUUGGCGCAGACACAUCGGGCCAACUGCAAACGGUCGAUCUCUACACAAGUCACGAAGGUCUUGUGCUUGAGUACGAGCAGAGCUUGACAAGAAGGCUGAAGCACCCAUUUGGGCACAAGCCAUCACAACCGUCCGCGGACGGAAAGGGCUGGUACAACACCUCAGCACACUUCAUCUGGAUUGGUGAUCGGACACGUCAGAUUGAAGGCGGACAUGUUGAGUACUUCCGGGGUAUUGAGAACCCUAUCGGUAUCAAGGUCGGUCCUUCCAUGAAGAACGACGAGCUAGUGGAGUUGCUGGACAUUGUGAACCCUACCAAGGAGAUCGGCAAGAUAACGUUGAUAACGCGUUAUGGAGCGGAGAAGGUGGAGUCGAUGCUUGGUGCACAUAUCGAGGCUGUAAAAGCAAGCGGCCAUGUUGUGGUGUGGCAGUGCGACCCAAUGCAUGGCAACACUCGAAGCACGCCAACUGGCAUCAAGACGAGGUCGUUCAACAGCAUCUUCUCUGAAUUAUCAUCUGCACUCAAGAUCCACAAGCAACAUGGAUCCUUCCUCGGUGGCAUGCAUCUCGAGCUGACAGGUGACGCAGUCACUGAGUGUACGGGUGGAAGUGAAGGUCUCGUCGACGAGGACCUGAGCUUGAACUACACCACAUACUGCGACCCAAGGUUGAACGAAAAGCAAGCGCUGGAAUUGGCUUUCCUGGUUGCAGGGCACUAUCGCGCAGAUGAGGCUAUCGAGCAAGAUGCAAAGGAUCCUGCGCUGGCUUCGCGGCUCUCUCAAUUAGGAGCAGUACAGCCGAACCCUCACUACUCGCCCACAUCUACCUCACAGUUCGAUCCCCAGCGCAACCGAUCGAACAAUGAACCGUCCGAUAUGAUGCAGGCGCCCCCAGCAUCUGUUUUCCCGGACCCGCGCAAUAACCCCGUCUUACGAGUGCUCGAGGCGAGACAGCGGAUUUCCGACCUUGCAGAAGAUGAGCUGAGGAAUGUUGGUCGUAAGAGUUUCGCUGGCCUGACAUACGCCGAUGCUGGCGUCAUCACAUUGGCGCUGAUGCGACAGUCGAGAGGCGAACCAGAGAGCAGGAUUGAACAGGCGCUGAACAUCAAGAAAGGGAGACUGAGCGUGCUAGGGCAGGGCAUAGUAGGCCCAAUACAGAUGGGAUAA